UGCCCUAACAAUUCUGCCAGUUCGUCGCCCUUAAAUAAACAAUACAUGAUAUAUUUAAAAAAAAAGAAACAAGAGAGGCAGUUCUGAAAUUAAAAUACGGUGUUGAAUAAAUUGAACAGCUCUGUAGUGAACUUAGGCAAUAUGGAAGUUUGAAAGCGUGUACCAAAAGUGUUUCUCCUCCAGUAUGCCACUCUUCAAAUAACCCAGCACCAACAAACAUGGCAGCGUCUAUGGCUUUCAACUUGGACUUCAGCAGAUACAGUGUAAUACUCGUAGUUAUUAUUUUUGUUUGUUACAUCAACUCUCUGCAAUGUGGCUUUGUUUUUGAUGAUCUAUCAGCCAUAAUCGACAACCAGGACCUUCGACCCCAUGUACCACUGUCAAAUCUCUUUUGGAAUGAUUUCUGGGGUACACCUAUGAAUAAGGAAGACAGCCACAAGUCUUACCGACCAUUAUGCGUUCUGACCUUUCGGCUGAAUUAUGCACUGACUGCCCUCAACCCAAUGUCCUAUCAUUUGGUCAACAUCGUACUACAUGCAGUUGUCAGUGUAUUACUAAUGAGAGUCUGCUGUUUGUUCCUGCAUCAUUUCACUGCUCUUCUCGCUGCUGUCCUCUUCGCCUUACACCCAAUACACACAGAAGCAGUCACAGGAGUUGUGGGACGAGCUGAAAGUCUGUCAGCAUGUUUUUUCCUCGCAGCAUUGUUGGUUUAUGCCAAAGCUUCAAAACAUCCUUCUCGAACCAAUUGGUGGUUUCUGUUGUUGACUCUCCUCUUUGUGGUGGCUGCCAUGUUGUCCAAGGAACAAGGUAUCACAGUGGUUGGUGUGUGCUGUGUCUAUGAAAUUGUCAUCGCCCAAAAGAUAACGCCACAAGGUAUUCUCAAAGACUUUGCCAAUAUUUGCAAAGGCAAAAUCUCUUUCCCAGCUUGGUUGAGAACUUCAGUUUUGCGAGGAACUUUCUUAGUUGGUUCCACGUUGUUCCUGUUGCUGGCCAGGAUAAAGAUUAUGGGUGCAGAACUCCCGGUGUUCACAAAAUUCGACAAUCCAGCUUCAGUGUCCUACACACCGAGCCGACAACUGACUUUCAACUAUUUGCUAGCGCUCAACCAAUGGCUGUUGCUCUGUCCAUCAUGGCUGUGCUGUGAUUGGACAAUGGGCACUGUACCGCUCGUGCACUCCUUCCUUGACCUCCGUAAUCUCUCUACACUGAUCUUCUAUGUCGUGCUCUUCAAGUUUGUUGCCUUUGCACUGACCAAACAAGGGCCGCGGGCAAGAGCCAUCAUCAUGAGUCUUACUUUACUCGUUCUGCCAUUUGUUCCGGCCUCAAACCUCUUCUUCCCAGUUGGAUUUGUUGUUGCUGAGAGGGUCCUCUACACCCCUAGUAUGGGCUUCUGCAUUCUUGUUGCCCUAGGGUUUGAACUCUUGAUUCAACACACCAACAAGACCUUGAAGAUGGUACUGUGGGGUUUGAUGGUGUUUUUAUUAACAGUUCAUGGCUUGAAAACAAUUAUCAGAAAUUUUGAUUGGCAAUCUGAGUAUAUUUUAUUUAAAUCUGCAGUGAAGGUCAACCAGAGAAAUGCCAAACUGUUCAAUAAUAUCGGCCAUGCUUUAGAAAAAACAUCAAACUGGUCGGAAGCUCUUGAGUAUUUCACUUUUGCUGCAAAAGUUCAGCCUGACGACAUUGGAGCCCACAUCAACGUUGGGCGGACAUAUCAACACCUGAAUAUGUCAAAGGAAGCAGAGAAAGCCUUCCAGACGGCCAUUGAUCUCUUCCCACCUGUUAUCCAAGGUAAAAGUUACACAGCUCGAGUGGCCCCAAGCCAUCUUAAUGCAUUCUUAAACCUUGCUUCACUUAUUUCUAAAAACGAAUCACGAUUGAAAGAAGCUGAAAAACUGUAUAAGUCUGCCAUUACCAUGAGAGCUGAUUAUGUGAAAGCUUACAUGAGUAGAGGAGAGGUUCUUGUCCGUUUGGGAAGACUGGAAGAAGCCAAGGAACAAUACCGCAUCGCCCUCCACUACGAACAGUCGGAUGCUGACAUCUACUAUAAUAUUGGUGUUGUCAACUUGGAACAAAAGAACCUCCUGGAAGCUAACACCUUCUUUGAGCAAGCACUCAGAUUGAACCCUGACCACCAGCAAACACUUUUCAACUCAGCCCUUCUUUUACAAGAUCUUGGAGACCCAGUUUAUCGACCUGAAGCAAUGAGGAGGUUGCUGCAUUUACUGGAGUUAAAACCUAAUGAUGCCAAAGCUUAUUAUUGCCUCGCUAUCUUGGCUGCCGACAACAAAGAGUUUACCAAGGCAAAGAACUGGUUUCAGGAGGCCAUCAGACUUGAAGACACCAUGCGCAGUGCCCUCUUCAACUUAGCUUUGAUGCUGGUGAAUGAUUUGAAACAACCUCAGGAAGCCAUUCCAUAUCUACAGAAACUCUUGAUGUAUUAUCCAAAUCACACAAAAGGUCUUAUCUUGAUGGGGGACAUCAACAUCAACAUCCUCAAAGAUCUUGACGGCGCAGAGAAGAAUUUCCUGACAAUUUUAAUGAACGAACCAGGAAACGUUCAAGCCAUUCACAAUCUGUGUGUGGUCUACGUGGAACGAGGAGACAUCCUGAAAGCAGAGAAGUGCCUGCAACACGCCCAUCGCUUGGCACCCUCAGAGUCUUAUAUUCUUCAGCACUUGAACAUCGUUAGGAAUAAAAUCAAGGCUAUCAAAGCGAAGAAGAAACCUCAGUGAGUAGAAAUUGUCAAGAAAGAAAAAAAAAAAAAA